GCGAUAUUCGCCAAGUACGACACCAUCAUCUCGUGCAACGGGAUGGGUCUGCCGGCAGGGAUACAGCUAAAGCUGUCAGACGCGGUGAUCCUCUCCACUCAAGACUCGGAGAGGGGAACAAAGAAGAGGUACUUCCCGUGGCAGUUCGGCAUGGACUACGACACAAUAGGCCGCGGCAGCGCCCAGGAUCUGUUUGACGAGCAGCUCGCGGUGCGGGACUGCCUGCGCGGCGACAGGACAGGACUGGUGGACUGGACGAUCGUCUCGCCGGGCCUGUUCAUGAGCUUCCUUUUCCGCCCGGACUUUGGCGUCGUGGACAUCCCGGGCCGCACGGUGCGCGCGCUGGGGAGCUGGGACGAGAAGAUUACAAUCACGGACGUGACGGACAUCGGUGUUGCUGUCGCCGAGGCGGUCUUCCACCCUGCAGAGGACGAUAACAGUGGGCAGCAUAAUGGAUCCGUGCUGUUCAUCGCAGGCGACACCCUGAGUUAUCGCGAGAUUGCGGACCUUGUGGAUCAGCGAUUCGCCACGGACGGGAGGGCACAGUUUGAGCGGCAGCUGUGGGAUGAUGAGGCGUUGGCGAGGCAGAGGGAGGUUGACGGCGACAUUGUCAUGUUCAAAUACCGGUCGACGUUUGCGAAGGGGAAAGGGGUAGCGUGGGAAAAGGACGACACCUUUGGCGCUAAACGAGGGCUGAAAAUGGUGGACGUUAAGACGUAUCUGGAAAGACUGGACGAGAGGCACGUCAAGGAAUAAACAAGAAUCGUGAGGUACAGCUAAGUGGAUAUUCUGAGAACGGACACGACGUGAAUCGGACAAAUGCA